AUGUAUAUAAUUCCAUUCGACCCUAUCACAGGUGGACAUUAUUCAUCUCAACGGGCUCUUAAUGCUCCAAGUAAUAAUCCAUUUUGGAGUAAUGCAUUACCACCACAAGAUAUGCAACAAGUUUAUGAAUAUACUUACAAUGAUUCGGAUAUAGUACCAGAUGAACAACGUUUAAUGGCACAAUUAUUAAGAAAUUAUGAUCCAUCAGCGAGACCCGUUUAUAAUGCAUCUAAUACUGUUAGUGUUGCAUUUGGUAUUUCAUUAACACAAUUAUCCGAUAUGUUACCCAAGUCUUAUUUUUAUCUUCAUUUUACGUUGAGUCGUGGAAUAUCCAAGCCAUUUUGGGCUGUUAUCACGGGAAAUCGAUUUCAUGAUAUGAAUAUAUUUAGUUUUGCUAGUUUUCAAGGUUUAAAACCCUAUGAUCGAGUUGCGUAUGUACGAUUCAGUAUAGGUAUACUCUGACAGUUUUUUUGUUAAAUGCGAUAGAUUUUAAGCUAUUUAUGAAUCUUUUAAUUGCCGUUGAUAAUAUCCAGAAAUUUCUUAAUAUUUUUUUCUAUAAGGUUUUCUACGCAUUUUAAAAAACUAGUGUUUAAGAGAGAUUUUGAAGCUUAGCCCUUUUGUCCAAAUAUUGGCUGAUGAAGGACAAAAGCACAGAUUCUCAUCUCUUUCUAAUCAAAAGUUAUUCAUACAAUAAUUGAUCCGAUCUACUCUGAAGUGGAUAAUGCUUUGGUUAGACUAAUAAAUGGUCUGCCAUCCCAUUUCAAAGAUACGAUGUUCGCACCCUAGUGACAUUAAUCACGUAAUGACCUUGGAUAAGUAACUUAUGCUCGUUGCGUCAGUUCGCGACCUACAGUAGCAUACAAUGGGAUUAGCUUCUCUGUUUGACUAAUCACAGGUCUAGAGUUUAAAAAAUUCGAACUCUGAAGAAGUCUACCAAUUUCUGAAUAACUUCUAAUUGAAUUGAGAGAGAAACUUGAGACUUAGCAAGCCACAAAAGAGAGAAUGUCGCUUCAUAAAAAUAAUUUCAAUACUUGGUGAAUAACAAAUAGAAACUGUUACUAGACGCGUUCCUGACUGCUAUUAGCAGAGAUAGAGAGUGAUACGAGAACAAGUGCCCAUAGAAAAUAAAAUUGUUGUUUAGUACGACGCGUUUCGUUUUAUUUGAAAAUAAAACUCAUCAGGCAAUAUUUUAUAUCUCUUUAUAAUAAUUUGUAAUAUAAGCGCUGGGCUUAUAUUACACGAACAAUAUUCUAAACAAGCAUAUAUAUAUACUUAUAUAUUACUUACUUAUAUAUAAAAUACAAAAAGUAGUUGAAGCGUUUUUUAUACAAAAAACAUUCAACCGUAUAAAUUAAAGUUUGAAGUUGGGUUCACGGAGCCUUAAGCCAAGGCACUUGUUCUCGUAUCACUCUCUAUCUCUGCCAAUAGCAGUCAGGAAC